AUGGCGCCAUCUAACCCCCUGGCCAAUUGGGAGAGACUCGGAGAUAGCUUCUAUCGGAAAGUCCCUAUAUACGAUGCUAUCUUCGACGAUGAUGUCGAAUUAGAGAACUACAUCAUCGCUGGCGCUCCCUACGGAGGGGCUAUUGCACUGCACCGCGAUGAGAGUAAGCCGUACAGAUUCCGCGAUGCCCAGACCGCCAAAUCGAGCAUCGACAUUUACUCGUCCUCGGGGAAGCUCAUCAACCGGCUCAAUUGGGAAUAUGGCACGAUUCGUGGGCUCGGCUGGUCCGACAAGGAAGAACUCUUGGUAAUCACAGAAGACGGCACCGUCAGGCGCUAUUUCGGCCUUUAUGGCGAUUUCACAUCCUUUUCUUUAGGAAAUGGAGCAGAAGACUACGGCGUGAGGGCCUGUCGAUUCUGGACCUCCGGCUUUGUCGCUUUGCUUUCAAACAAUCAGUUGGUUGCAGUGUCGAACUAUGACGAGCCGAGGCCUAAGCUUCUAGCCCCUUGUCCGGAAGGAGAGGUCUCGUCAUGGUCGCUAAUACCUCCAGCUUAUACGUUGUCUCGUUCAGUCGAGGUGUUGCUCUCCGUCGACAAGACCAUUUACUUGGUCGACCCGACGGAAGCGGAAGAUAAAGUUCUUCAGAACGGGCCUUUCAAGCAUGCAAGUGUGUCACCAACCGGAAGAUUUGUUGCGCUCAUUACUUCGGAAGGAAAAGUAUGGGUAGUCAGCAGUGACUUUCAGAGCAAGUACAGCGAAUAUGACCCAGAGUCUCGAGUCACUCCGAGAACAGUCGACUGGUGCGGAGAUGACGCCGUCGUUAUCGCGUGGGAGGACGAGGUACAUCUCAUUGGGCCUAACGGCGUUGCGGCGAGAUAUUACUACGAUGGCACUGUCCAUGUCGUGCCAGAGUUUGACGGCGUGCGUCUGAUCACCAACGAUACCUGCGAAUUCUUACACAAAGUUGUUGAUGAAACCGAGGCGAUCUUCCGACUUGGGUCUACGUCACCUGCCUCAGUUCUCCUGGACUCUAUAGACCUAUUGGAGAAGAAGUCGCCUAAAGCCGACGAGAACAUCCAACGUAUCCGACCAAGCUUGCCAGAGGCGGUGGAUACAUGUGUCAAAGCUGCUGGUCAUGAAUUUGAUGCAUAUUGGCAGAAGCGCUUGCUGAAGGCGGCCUCCUUCGGGAAAUCCGUCCUGGAUUUGUAUAACAGCGAUGAAUUUGUCGAAAUGACCGAGAAGCUUCGAGUGCUGAAAGCAGUGAGGGACUAUCAGAUAGGACUGCCACUUUCCUACGAACAAUAUAUGCGCCUCACGCCCGAGAGACUUAUUGAGCGCUUGGUGAACAGGCGCGAAUAUUUCCUUGCUAUCCGCAUCUCCGAGUAUCUCGAACUUCCUGCCGAUAGGAUAUACGUUCACUGGGCAAGCCAGAAGGUCAAAGUUUCCACAGUGGACGAUGAAGCGGUCUGCAAGCUCAUCGUCCAGCGACUAGAAGGCAAACCGGGAAUCUCAUUCGAGUUGAUCGCGCAAACCGCUUACGAUGAGGGGCGUGCUCCUCUAGCGACCCAGCUUCUGAACCACGAACCACGGGCUGGGAAGCAGGUACCAUUGCUACUAAAUAUGGAAGAAGACGAGAUCGCCCUGGAUAAGGCCAUCGAAAGCGGAGACGUUGACCUAGUGAACUACGUCCUUUUGCACCUGAAGACUAAGCUUCCCCUCUCCAGUUUCUUCCGGACAAUCAAUACUCGUCCCAUGGCAUCCGCUCUGGUGGAGACAACUGCUCGGGGACAGGACACGGAGUUGCUCAAGGACCUUUUCUACCAGGAUGAUCGGCCUAUUGAUGGUUCGAAUGUCCUCCUCGCAGAGGCGUUGGAUCAGACCAACUUGCCGACUAAGACGGAAAAGCUCCAGCUUGCAUCGCGUCUAUUAUCGGACUCGAAAGAUCCAUCGGUUGUGUUACAGCAAAAACUACUUUCCGAAGCAUCACAGCUGCUAAAGGUCCAGGAGGCCCUUGAUAAAGACCUCGCAGACCGGACGGAAUUUCUGGGCCUAAGCUUGAACGAAACUGUCUACAGAUUGAUCCGAUCGGGCUACGGCAAAAGAGCGCAGAAGAUACAGAGCGAGUUCAAAAUGCCAGAGAAAACAUUCUGGUGGUUGAGAUUAAGGGCCUUGGUGGCGAAGCGCGACUGGGGUGAGUUGGAAGAAAUCGGAAAGAACAAGAAGUCCCCGAUAGGAUGGGAGCCAUUUUAUAACGAGAUUCUGGGUGCCGGAAACACCAAGCUUGCUUCCUUAUUUGUCCCCAAAUGCACCAAUCUGUCAGCGGAUGACAAGAUGGAAAUGUGGGUCAAAUGUGGGAUGAUUGUAAAAGCCGGCGAAGAAGCCUUCCGGGCAAAGAACGUCAACGCCCUUGAGCUCCUCCAGGCGAGGGCUUCGGGACCAGCCGCCGCUGAGAUUGAUCGGAUGAUCAACCAGCUCAGACCAAGGAAAUAG